UUUGUUCCUUUCAUAAAGAAAAUGUGACUUUUAAAAGUCAUCAAUAUAAUAAUAAUAAUAAUAAUAAUAAUAAUAAUAAUAAUUAUUAUUAUUAUUAUCAUUAUCAUUAUUAUUAUUGAUAUAUACGAUAAUAAAUGAAAACAAUUAUUUAUUAUUAGUAAUAAUAAUAUUAAUUAUUAUUAUUAUUAUAUACUAGAAUGCCAGAAAUCAAAUUUAAUUCAACUUGUUGAAAGUACACAACGAAAAUAAGGAUCGCGCACCUUUACUUUUGACACACGCCCCGUGUAGCUGACGUCAUGGGACGUCAUCGUUGAUUUUCAAUCCAUUUUAGAAAUAGCUAAUUAGGGGCGUAAUCAGGGGGAUGGGAACCCUAUGGAGUUGCAAAUGAUCAUAAAAUAUGUCCGGCAGGAUCCACGAACGUGCUGAAAGUGCUAACAUGUUGGAAAUUGUGUUUUUGAAGGCGUAAGCAUCUAUUUUUCGAAAGUGAUCCGGAACUGGACAAAGUGAUCCGCAACUGGCGUGCGCUUUUGUGACAGCGAUUAAACAUCAAAAAAUAUACAGAAGCUGAUGAAAUUUGGACUACAGACGCUGAAGGGUGAACAACUCGACUCAAGACUCAACAGGCACACAAGUGCUCAAGACAAAGGGCAAAUAAACGCAAAGUUGCCAGGAUUACUGAAGAAGAAGGUCCUGCUGGCCAUGGUGAUCGCCAAGAAGACAUCCCUGCUGGCCAAGGUGGUGGACCUGAUGGUGGAGCGCAUGCUGCCCAAAGUCAAGAGAAUAAAGGUCUUUAAGACUAAGGUGAAGGGGAUGAAGAUACCCAUGUUGAUGGUCAAGGUGAUGGUGAUUAACAGGCCGCAAGUGCCAUCAGACGCCAUCAGGUGGUGCAUGAGUCAAGUACUGACUCAGAGGUGUCUGUGCCCCGAACCCAAAAGAAAAGGAAAAGAAAGGAAAAGGUUUCACCAAACCUCACAAAAGAAGAAGAGUCCAUAGUGGAAUGGCUCAGAGAGCAUCCCGAGAUGUAUGAUAAAAGGAUGACCCAAUAUAAGAAUCAACAGAGGAAGGAAUACCUGUGGCAGCAGAAGGCUGACGAGAUGGGCAAUGAUGUCACAGUGCUUAAAGUAUGGUAUAAAAGUCUCAGGACACGUCUAGGCAAGCUUAUGAAAACAAAGUCUGGGCAGGCUGCAGAUCAAGAGGUGACUGACCGGGACCGGUGGGUCAUCACCAAGCUGGAGUUCCUGAGGGUGCACAUUGAAUGUGUGCACAGGAGGCCAUUAGUCAGUCUUGAACAGUGUUCAUCUCCACAAGCUACAGCUACAUCCACAACCAAACAAGCUUCAGGCGAAGUUGCUAGUGACAUACCCAAUACCCCCAGAUGAUCCCGAUGCACCAGAGGUCAGAGGCCCUACCCCACCAAGCAGC